CUGCUGUUGAUAUGUAGUUUGGAGUCACCAAAGACUCAGAAGUGAACGUAGCCGCGCAGACAUACCGCUCUGAAACAUUUUUUUUUAACGUUUUCAUUCCAUUCAUUUUAUGACUUGUACAUUUCUGUAAAUAGUUUCUAUUUUUUUAAAAUAACGAGACAACAACAAGAUGGAGCUGAACUCGUUGUUAAUUCUGCUGGAGGCUGCAGAGUACUUGGAAAGAAGAGACAGAGAAGCAGAGCACGGGUAUGCCUCGGUUUUACCGUACAGCGCCGAGUUUUCCCGAAAGAAAACGAAAGCCUCGCCAAUUUCCAAAAAAACUCAGAAUAAUAGAUCGUCGCACAAUGAGCUGGAGAAACACAGACGUGCCAAACUACGGCUCUACUUGGAGCAGUUGAAGAAGCUGGUGCCUUUGGGUCCAGACAGCACGAGACACACCACUCUGAGCUUGCUAAAAAGGGCCAAGAUGCACAUCAAGAAGCUGGAAGAGCAGGACAGGAAGGCUUUAAAUGUGAAGGAGCAGCUUCAGAGAGAGCACCGCUACCUCAAACGCCGCCUGGAGCAGCUCUCCGUGUCCGGAUCCGUGGAGCGCAUUCGCACCGAUAGCAUGGGCUCCACCAUCUCCACCGACUCAGAGCAAGAGGUGGACAUCGAGGGGAUGGAAUUCACGCCCGUCGAGGCAGACAGCGUGGACAGCAUCAGCGACGGCGAGGAGGAGGACCAGUACAGCCUCCAGAGCAGCUCCAGUGACAACAGCUACACGGGCACACAUUCCCACAGACUGCAGCCGCACCACUGUUAGACCCAUGGCGGACAUCCAUCUGUCAACCAGCUUCCUCACCCAUCCACGCUUCCCUCGCCUCAUCCCCCUCCCUCCCAAUCUCCCCCUUUUGUGUUCGCCUACGCCGCCCACUACCUACACCACACAAGACCACGAUGGCGGUACCCCCGAGCCUGUUCUGUCCAUACUUAAGACUUCUUGACUUUUCCUCCCUUCUCUGACCACUGACCCUACCUCACCUUACUGUAUCCUGCCUGACCCCGCCCCCUCCUUAAACACCUGCCCUUUUAAUGCCCAAACAGCGCAGAGCAGAGUUUGCAGUUUUUAAUCUGGGAGUUCUGUGGUCAGGUGCACAGCUUUGUCCUGUUAAUUGGUUCAAGAAAAGUAAAAAGGAGAGAGUUAUUAUUAGGUGGCAAUAAUAGCACACACAGUUUGUGAUAUAACAGAUGAAGCAGUUCGGUUUGCAACAUUGGGAACUUCAGUAGUCAUUUUCAUCAUACAGAUUCUUCCCUUUUACACAACAGGAUUGUGCAGGAGGUAUCCUGUCCGUUCCUUGAAACAUCUGAUUGGUGAAAAAUGACGAAACCUUAGAGUUUCUCAUUUGGAGGCGGUGGCAGGAUGUGCUCAAUCCGCUGCCACCGCCCGAGCUCACGCAGUAUGGAAACCAUCUGCUUCACUUUUGUGCGCAUCGAACAAACAAAGCUCGACUAUGAUAGCUGUGACUUCACAGUCGCUGUGCACAUGCGAGAAGGCUAUCCACCGCAUCAAACUCUCCACAAAAUGGUGAAUUAAGGUAGCCCUUAAAUUUCCAAACUUCUUACUGACUCAACUCUGCACACGGGGCUGAAAAUGUGUCCACAGACCACCUGAGAAGGUUCGAGAGCUGCAGCAGAGCAGGAAGAAUGUAAAUAGAUGUACAGAUACUGUAGAAACCCUCGUGUCUCCCCUCUGGUUGGGUCGCCUAACCACUACUCCACACUACUGACCACUACACUAUACCACCCUAUGGUGUGGAUGGACUACUAUGUCAAACAAUGAGAAAAAAAAGGAGUUUCCUCACAACUAAAACGCUACUCCUUACAUUUGACUCAAAUCUUGUGUUUCCUUCUCAGUAGCUAAUUGAUGUAGCAAUAAAUACGUGAGGCGGGUGCUUCCUCUGAGUGUUUAAUCGAUUCUGGCGGACCAUGAGGUUUUAUGGGAGACUUUUUUUUUUCUAUUUGUCUUUUUUUAAUUUCUAGAUGGGGAUUGGUCGCUCACCGUUAACGGACCUGCAUCUCAUUCACUAACAGAUGCUUCUCUGUGAGCGCGUCGCCAUCUACCCAUAUCUCGCGUUUCUCUGCAGCUCUUGUCGCCUUCUCCAUCGGAAGUCGGUGGUAUUUUAAAUAACCUUUUUAAAUCAAUAAACAAGUCAAAGCUGUAAACACCCGGGAGGGGAGGGAGGGCAAGCUUGUAGUGAUUUGUUCACGUUAGAGGCACUCGUUUUCAGCUAACCUAGCAAACUAAUCACUUUCAUAAUCUUAUCCCCUCGGCUGAUCUGUCGCUUAUUUCCGAAGCUUCGGGCACAGCUGAACACCGAUGUAGGUGAACCUUGUUCUCUAACCCGUCUGUAACUUAUGCACAUUAGUCACUGUUGACGAACGAGGCGCUUCUGUCGCUCUCUGACAGUUUAAUAAUCCUUAGCCCCGGUCUCUGGCAGUCCUUUAGAGCUUGGCACUUUAAAAAGAAAAAGAAAAAAAAAACACACACACACAGACACAAAAAGGGGCAGGCCACCAAGACGGGUCUGACCCCAACCAAAAAAAUAAAAAAAAAACUACAAAAGACUCGAACGAAAAAGAAAUACUUGCAUACAAAAGAAUCUACUCGUCACUGAAAGUGAGUUUAGCCAGUGUAGUCUAUAUUUCUUGUAUUAAAUUUUGUAUUAUAUUUUCCUAAAUGUUCUCUUGUAAUGAAAAGACAAAAAAGAGUGAGUAUAUCUAUCUUAUCUAUAUAUAAAUAUAUAUAUAAAUAUAUAUAAAAAUAUGAGUGACAGCCAGACAGACAGGAGGCCAGGCUUGAUGAAGGGAGAGUGGGAGCAGGGGAGCUGAUACACUGGCCCCUCUCCCUUUGGGUGACUCUCCUGCUGUCAUUCUGUGCCUUGGUAAGCCUUCGACCUCCCUCAUCCUCCUCCUCCUCUUUGGCCCUUACUCAGGUCACACUCCCCCGUCCUCUCCCCCUCUCGCUUGCAUCCCUCCCUCCUCCUCCUCUGGCGGGGCCUUUUUUAAUUUCGACGUGAGACACUUCCAUGCGUGAGGGCUGCGUGAAGAGAGAAGACCUCAUAAAUGAGUAAAAACUAUCCCCCCACCUCCCCCCUUAAUCUUAGUUCCUACUGAAGCCUCUGUUGUACUACACCCUGUCCAGGCACUCCUCCACCCUCUCGAUGCCCGCCUGUCUGCCAGUGCCGCCUCUGUCAUGGAGAUAAAAAACAAACACAGACACACACACACACACUGGUGAACUCCCAUGGCAGCUUCCAGUCGCCCCGAAUGGUCACCGACGGGGUUAAAAACUUCUGGGCUUGAAGCGUGUUUAUCUUGAUUUUGAUUUUUUGUCAUUUUACUAUUGUUGUAUGUUGACUUUGUGUUUGUUCGGUGGGAGUCACUGGGAGAGGAGCGAUAAAAAAACAGAAUAAUCCAAUCAAUGGCAGCUUAACGGUGUUAUCCUCCGAGCUCCCGGUGGUGCGUCCCAAACAAAGUGUUACCCAUCGAUCAGGGGACCUCUUGAGACACAGCAAUAUUACCAUCUUGUGCUUUCUGAGGGAGGGUGGGGCGGGCGGGGGCCAGGGUUUUUAAAGACAAGCAGGUGGUUUUUGCUCUUGACUCUGUGGUGCAUUGUUUUUUGUUUUUGUUUUUUUGGUGACCAACUCUUAUAUAUAUUUUUUAAUUUUUACCUCCUAUCUGCACUCUCUCCAUACUCUGCAGGAGGGGAAAAAAAGUAACUAUAGAAAAAACAGCUGUUUGUUUUGGGGUUUUUUUUAAUCAUCGAGUUUACAUUCAUGUCAAAGACUCUGUACAUGACUGUUUGUAGCAAAAAUGUCCUUUUUUCAGUUUGUCGGUCAAAAGAACAACUGAGUAAACCAUUACUAAAUGGCAUAUUCUCUUGCACAGAACCUCCCAGAGCGAUAAUUGACAUAAAAAGAAGCAGAAGAAGAAACAAAAGAGGGAGGGAGCGGGACGAUGAGGUGGUGAGAGGGGGGAUAGAUAUGAGAGUUUACUCAGUGCAGUGUAUGAUUGGACAUGCAGACAUUUUGCUUGAAUGUUGGAUGGAUCGUGUUUAUGGGAAAAUUUUAAAAUGAUGUGCCUUGGGGGGGGGUGGGGUGUUCUUUAAAGAGAUUGUACCACUUAAUGAAGACUGUUGAAUCAGUUGCCCUUACUUAAAAAAAAAAAAAGAAGUUCCCCGUCUUGUUCCGCUUCCCUUCUCAUGACAGAAGAAGCAAACGGUUAACGGCAAGACACAGAGGAGGGUGGGGUGGUGCUGGGGUGGGGAUGUUCAUCAACAUCAAAGUGGGAUUUUUUUUAAAAAAACAAAACAAAGUCAUAACAAGUACACAAGAAAAGAUUCGAUGUUUUUGCUUUCAUGCUGCUGUUGCACAGAGAUUUCUAAGAGCACAAAAGUUUGUUUUUUGGGUGGGUGUCAGCAGGCGGAGAAGAAAGAGGGUGGUGGGCGUGACGGAGUAUGGGGGCGUCUGCAGCUCACGUGCACACAGAUGAAGUGAGAAACACGUCUUUCUGUCCCUUAGCCUGCUGCUGCUUUAAAGGUGCUUCUAUAAACCCACAGAAUGACUUCCAUGAAAUCUUAUUCCUGCCAAAUAAAGAGUCACUUUUUAAUCUUUUUCAUGAUUAAUACGAUAGCUUUAACUACCUGUAGGCUUUAGGUCAGCUUCCUGCUUUCUGCACUUCAGCCAUUUAUUUUGUAUCUUCUCCUUAAUUUUUUUGUCCUACGACGACGUUAUGGUUGCUUUUUUUUUCUUUGUGCCCACAAAGAAGCUAGAGGCUGAACUGGCUUGGAUUUAGUUGAGGGGGAGAUGAUGAGGGGGUUUGUUUGGGCUGAAGAGGGGGAGUUCUGUGCCAGAGACCUGUGAAUAUGUUCCUUUUAAGCAGAUGUGUAAUUCAGAAGAUGUAUAAGUUCCAUUUUUUUUUGUGCGUGUGAGCGUGCGUACACGAGUACCUGGUGCUGGCUAUGCUUUAGCAAACACUUUAAGGUAUUGUGUAUUCUCUCAUUGUAAUAUAAUUAAAAUGUUUUAUACAUAAA